AUGGACCCAAUCUCGCUGACCUUCGGCGUUGUCGGACUUGUCCCUCUGGUGGCAAGCGCCAUCAAGCUUGCCCGGAACUACUGGACGGGCGUUCGCGGUGCCAAGGAGAAAGUCGCGACGCUGGUCACAGAAUUGGAGGCACUGCAGCGCAACCUUAAUGCCUUGCAAGAUUUAAUGGAUAGCAAUGGCCUCGAUUCUGAUCCUAUCGCCUACGACCAGUCUUCAGUCCUCAUCAGCUGCUCUACGGCAUGUCGCGUCAAGCUACAGGCCCUUGUCCAGAAACUCGACCGCCCGGACGUGGCGAAAGGCAAAUUUCCCAACAUGACAAAAUUCAAGGAGCUCGUACACCAAACACCGGGUCAUGGUUCCUGCGAGACGAGACCUUCCUUCGCUGGCGGGGUGCUUGUGCUGAUUCUCAUCUACUCUGGUGUCAUGGGCUUCCAGGUUCAGGCAAAACGGUACUAUCUCUUGUCUUGUCUUCUUCGCCAGGUCGCAACUAUGCUGAACGAAAUCCCACCCGAGUUGCUGCAAAUGAAGCUCACCAAAGGGAACUCUGGGCCCAUGAGUCUCGAAGAAUGCAAGAGGAUGAUGUCAAUCUGCUUGGCUAAGACGGAACAUACCUAUUUUAUCCUGGAUGGCCUCGAUGAGUGCGACCUCUUGCAACAUCGGAAGACCCUUCUGGAGACUUUACAUUAUUUGGCACAGCUCCCUCAGACCAGACUCCUUGUUACAAGCAGACCGCACAUUCAAGACAUUGCGAGAAGCUUUCACAAAAUUCCGCAAAUUGCCAUUGUGGCCCACGACGAGGAUUUGGAAAAAUAUAUUUCCAAGAAAGCCAAUGGAAUGUUCCUCUUCGCAGUACUUCAACUUCGAUUCAUUGCCAAUGAGCCAACUCCGGGUGAAAUGGAAGACGCCCUAGAUGCGAUGUCUGGAGACCUCACGGAAGCUUUCGAGGAGACCAUCUGCCGUAUACGGAACCUUACACCGAGCAGGGCCCAGCUUGGAAUGGAUGUGCUGAUGUGGCUGUGUCAUGCCAGACGAGCAAUGAGCGUAGCUGAGCUCAGCGAUGCUUUGGCAUUCCGGAAGUGUCGAGACUCAAAAAUGGCAAAAUACCGUCCUUCACUGAACAUGAUGCUGGAGUGUUGCCAUGGUCUUGUCGUUAUGAGUGCGAACACAAAGGAUAUUGAAUUGGCACACUACUCCAUUCAGGAGUAUCUCCAAAGCAACACGCCAACUCUCUUUCCUUCCUUCGAACAGGAAAUGGCAUCAACCUGCUUAGGGUAUUUGAUGCUCGAAGAUUUCAAGCGGGGACCUGAGGCCAUUGAUAUCGACUACAGCUUGAUUAAGGCACGUUUACGCGACUUUCCUUUCGCAUCUUACGCUGCGCGCUUCUGGGACAAGCACAUCAAAAGUGUUCAAGCCACCCAGUCAAUUUGGCCUCUUAUUUUGGAUUUUGUUUACGACCUAGGUGCAAUAACGUCUGCAAUCCAGCUUCAGCGUUUUGUACUCAACUUUCGCUCCAUCUAUUUUGACCCCAGGGAAUGUCUCAGCCGGUCGCCAUGGCAUAAUGCAGCUGAAUUUGGACUCGAGAGUCUCCUGAUCAUGGAGCUGCAGAACCCCGAUGCUUCUUCGACCAUCAACUCUAGAACGGAGAUAGUAGGCUCGACACCGAUCAUAAUGGCUGCUUCCUCUGGCCACAUCGAGAUUGUCCGGUUACUUCUACACCACGGCGCCGACCCCUACAUCGCUAAUUGGUACGGCAAUGCACUUCAUUGCGCUGCCGAGGCAGACCAAGCGGAAACGAUAGUCGAGCUCGUCGGCUUCGGUAUGAGUCCAGACGAAUGCGAUGAGUACAGGAAGCGGUCUCCCAUCUUAUGCACCCUCGACCGUGACAGUCUGUCUGCUCUGAAGGCUCUCAUUAGUCUCGGAGCGUCUGUCGACGUGCAUGUCUUUGAGGACCGCUGUCAACAAUCAUUUUUACACGAAGCAGCGAUCUCUGGCGCGCCUAAUAUUGUGGAACACCUUGUGCGCAACAAGCUAGCUGAUAUCGAUUCGAAGUCGUCCACGGGCCUAACUGCCCUGGACUGUGCGCUCGCCUCAGGAUCUACCGAAACAGUUCGUACACUGCUGAGCCUUGGAGCAGACUCCCGACAGAUCAGCUUGCUGUCGUUCUCAAAGUUGGAGGCCUUGGGACUUGGCCCUUGA